AUGGUCACCAGCAUUUUCACCCAUUCCAAUCAUUUUGAUGUGAUCCUCACAAUAAGUGUACGAUGGUACUUACAGGUGCAGCUGGAAAAAGCGAUACUGGAUUAUAUAAAAGACGGUCUGCAUGAGCUACCCGACGUCAGAAUUCAUAUUGUUUCGGACAGGAAAAUAUCGGUGUUUUGUCAUACAAGAGAUCACAGUGGGGCAAUUGAUGUUUUCCUAGUGCACCCGAUCGGUAUGGCAGGAGAUUAUUAUGCAUUUUCACUGCCUAUGCCGACGUUCGAAGAUGGUACCUCGUCAAUAUAUCUCAUGCCACUCGGCGCGACCAACAAGACCCGAUUGCUCAAAGGGGAUAUCCAUAAUGUUUCCUUGACAAUCAGAAGAUCAUACGCUGAGGGAAAUACUAGUGAAAUGCAACAAACUAUGAAAGUUUGUAAAUUACUUAUCAAAACGGAGUUUGCUUAU